AUGAAUCUCCACAGACAUAUUACUGAGCAUUUUGGCAAGGACAGCCUGAAGGUGCUACGGGAGUAUGAGAAAACAGCAAGAAAAGUGGCAGAGUACAGGAACCAUGUGCGUUUCCACCUAAGAUGUCGGCUUCAUGGGAUCACACCAAAAAGCUUGCGCCUCAGAUCAUCCCUCAAAGGCCACAAAACAAAAGGUAUUUUACAGAGAGCACAAAAACAGCUACUAAAUGAAAGGAUACGACAGGUCCAUUUCACUCUUGAUGUCUUGAAGCAAGAAGACAAACGGUUACAUGAAAUGUUGGCUACCAAAUUACCAGAGGACAUUUUACACAAAGUGACUGAUUUUGUGCAUCAAGCACAGUUGGCCCAACACACCAAGAGCAAGGAAAGACAAAUUAAGAAGUUUGACUCUUUGUGCUCACACACUCAGGGCUUUGGACGGAAUACUCCAUGUGAAGAAAAAUUUGAUGGGAGUGAGAUGUCUGACAAAUGGGUGAAAAACCUGUCUGAUAGAGAGCUCACAAAGCCAGAGAUGGAGGUUUUGGCCAGAGGUCUGAACUUUGCAGUAACACCGGACCAAAUCCCAGUGGUAGACAUGAUCACAGCAACCGAGUCAGCUAUCCGGAACAAUAACAUCCCUGAGGAUGUGGCUGAACAGCUUCGUGCUCAGGUUUCCAUGUCUCUUCUGAACGCAAAACCCCCACCAUCCAAUCUCACCCAACAAGAAAAAAGGGCCCUGACAUCUCUAAGUAAGGAUAACAACAUCACUAUCUUGCCAGCAGAUAAGGGGAGAUGUACAGUGGUGCUGGAUACAGAUGACUAUCAUUCCAGGGUAACCAGCCUGUUGAGAGACCAUAACACAUAUGAACUUCUGAAGAGAGACCCCACCAGCAAGUUCAAGAAACAGGUAAUCAAUUGCCUACAGUCUUUAGAAAAACAAGGAGUUGUAGACCGCAAGCUAUACUAUCGUUUGUACCCAGGAGAAACCACACCUUGUCUUUAUGGUUUACCGAAAAUACACAAGGACAACUACCCCCUCAGACCAAUUGUCAGCAGCAUUAACUCAGUUACAUACAACAUUGCAAAAUACCUGGCCACUGUAUUAGCUCCAUUAGUUGGUAACACGCCACACCACAUACAGAAUUCUAAGGAUUUUGUGGACAAAAUCAGUGGACUCUCUAUGCAGAAAGAUGAAACCAUGGUGUCAUACGAUGUGACAUCCCUGUUCACAUGCGUACCAACAGCAUUGGCAGUCGAGACAGUGCGGGAACGACUGAGCCAUGACCACACACUAAGGGACAGAACACAACUCAACCCAGACCAGGUGAGCACCCUGUUGGAGCUAUGUUUGAGUACCACCUAUUUCAAAUAUAAAGAGGUCUUCUAUAGACAGAAGCAUGGCUGUGCUAUGGGCUCCCCUGUGUCUCCCAUUGUGGCCAACCUAUAUAUGGAGGAAGUGGAGAGGAAGGCACUGGAGACUUACAGUGGAGCUCGUCCCACUCACUGGUUCAGGUACGUGGACGACACAUGGGUGAAGAUGAAGACCAAUGAAAUCGGCCCCUUCACUGACCACAUCAACUCUGUGGAUAAUUACAUCAAAUUCACAAAAGAGGAGAUGAGGGAAAAUCAACUUCCCUUCUUAGACUGUGGUAUAAGCCUGGGAGGAGAAGGAGAGCUUCAAGUGGAGGUUUAUCGAAAACCCACGCACACCGACCAGUACCUGAUGUUUGACUCUCACCAUCCUCUGGAGCACAAACUGGGAGUGAUCCGCACCCUACAACAUCGGGCAAAGACCGUGCCCACCAACCCAGAGGCAAGGGACAAAGAACAGAAACAUAUAAAGCAAGCGUUAAAACAGUGCCACUAUCCUGAGUGGGCCUUCACCAAAACACAAAAGAACCAGCAGAAAGAUCCAAAACCAGGAAACACCAAAACUCCAAAACCCAGAAGAAGUCAUGUUGUCGUUCCAUAUGUGGCUGGACUGUCUGAGAAGUUCCGAAGGGUUUUCUCCAAGCACAACAUCCCUGUGUACUUUAAACCUAAAAACACCUUGAGACAGCGGUUGGUCCACCCUAAGGAUCAGAUUCCCAAACAUCAAAAGAGCAACCUGGUGUAUGCAGUGAAAUGCACAGAGGAGUGCAAAGAGCUCUACAUUGGGGAGACGAAACAGCCGCUCAGCAAACGCAUGUCGCAACACAGGAGGGGGAAUUCUUCGGGACAAGACUCUGCAGUCUACACCCACCUACAAAAAGAAAAACACAGUUUUAGGGAUCAGGACGUCCACGUCCUGGACAGAGAGGAUGGAUGGUUUGAGAGGGGCGUAAGGGAGGCCAUCUAUGUGAAAGUGGAGCGGCCCUCUUUAAAUAGAGGGGGGGGACUGAGACAUCAUUUGUCCUCGUCUUACAAUGCUGUUUUGAAGACAUUACCCCGGCGCUUAACAGACCAACCAACUUGCUCCACCUCACAGGUGGGGGGAGGGGCAUCUGUUUAGGCUCCUGGGACACCAUCUUC